AAAGUACACACAUGGUGAAGCAUAUUAUUCCCUGGAACUUAACAGCCUGUGAAGCGGCCGAACAUAGUAUUUAAUGGAAAUAUGUUUCAGGAUGUGAACACACUACAGUAUGCGACAACCACGAUUAGCAGCUAACUUCGGUGCUGAGUGAAGAAAGCUCAAACACGUGGUGAAGACGAGUGGUGAAGUUGCUGGGAAUGCAGCCUCCGCUCCCACCUGAAGCCGUCAGAGAGCUGGUGUGCUCCUGUCUGCACAGAGACCCGGUGGCAGCAGACCUUCGCUGCAGCCUGUUUGUCGCUGCUGCACAGAACUACAAGAGAGACUCUUUGCUCAGACCCUUCCCCCCAAGAUACAUAAGUGGUGGCAAUAAGGACUUUGAGGAGCUGUUGGCAGAUGUGAAGUCAUUGCCUGGUGUGAGAGAGUUGGUGAGACUGAGACCUGGAGAGGGAGAUCAUCAUCUGGCUCUCACCCACUGGAUUCUCUCCUCAAACAGUUUUGCUGUGAAGACACUACAGAAAGAAGAGUUUGCCAGACUUUGCAACCUGACAGAAAAUGAAGGGAUUUCUGCACCUGUUCCAGACUUCCUCUUUGAGUUGGAGUACUGUGAUCUGCUGAAUGCCAGGUUUGAGAGGACGAGGGCUGGACGCGAUGUCUUCUAUGCGUUCCACGGGAGUCGCCUGGAGAACUUUCACUCAAUCAUUUACAAUGGGCUGCACUGUCACCUCAACAAGAACUCAGUGUUUGGAGAGGGGACCUACCUCACCAGUGACCUCAGCAUGGCUGUUCUCUACAGCCCCCACAGCAGUGGCUGGUCAGAAAGUCUCCUGGGUCCACUUCUGAGCUGUGUUGCCUUGUGUGAAGUCAUUGAUCACCCGGAUGUCAAGUGCCAGGUGAAGAAAAAAGAUUCUGAAAUCGUUGACCGUCAGCGCUCCAGGGCGAGGAACAGUGAAGGGGGGGACGUACCACAGAAAUACUUUGUAGUCACCAACAAUCAGCUUCUGAGAGUCAAGUACCUGCUUGUUUACUCUCAGAAAAGGCACCUGUCCAGACAUUCCCACAGGUCCUCCUGGUUCAUGCGUCACCAUUUUGCCGUGAUGAUGAGUCUCUACCUUCUGCUGCUCGUCGUCCUCGGUGCCUUCAACUCCACCACCUUCUUAUCCUUCUGGAACAAACUCUUCAGGUGAUGACACAACAGUACUCAUGGCCUGGAUGUGCGUUAUCCACUGUGCCUUCCAUUACACAGACGGACGGCAGGCCUGAGCAAAGAUGCACCUUUAUACUGUUUUCCCUUUAGAAUGCUCUUUUAAUAAGUUGUUCAUUUUGCUGUUGCAAGACAUCAUAUCUGAUCACAUAGCAGUUUACGUUCCGAGCUGCUGGAGUUCAAAUUCUGUUGAAAUGGGUAAUAAACAUAAUAAUAAUAACAAUAAGACCAUUCUGCAUUUUAAGAAUGUUAUGCAAUGUUCAAUCUGUAAAUUGUUUUAUUAAGUAAAGACUCAGUUUUAUAGAUAAACUCGGCGACUGCGUGUUUUGAGUUUAAUAAACUGAAACUGUACUAUUUUUUUUAAUCACCUCAAACUCAUGUAUAGUGUCAGAAUCAGCUUUAUUGUCCAAGAACUGUAUGUCAGCCUACACAGAAUUUAACUAUUGACUGAAUUAAAUAGAUUUAAUAGACUGAAAUAGAUUGGAAAUAUUAUAAAAUCAUUAAGAUCUUUAAUAAUGUUUAUUCAAAAUGACUGAGAAGAAUUGCGUAGAAAUCUUUGCAGCUGCUGUCCACGUGAAGGCCGCUCUUUCAUACUUAUCUGUCACACUUUUCUAUUGUUAACUGGGGUUUGUGUUUCGUUCAGACUUUAACAUUGGUUGGCUGCCUGCGACAGAGGCACAUUUAUUACUGCUGGCACUCAGACAGUCCUUUUGUUAUCCUUUGGUUUUUAUCAGUAAAAACAAGUGAGACGGAUAUAUGGGGAUUGAUAACAGAGGCGGCCUGCUUUGGUGACAGAUCCUGUCGUUGUCGUCGAUACCUGAUAUGUUGAUGUGUAUACACACAAGUGUAAGAACUUCGCACUUCUACUUCUACUUAUUAAGAAGAUAUUUGAAAGCUUUUUUUGUUAUUCAUUUGUAGCAGCAUUUUAAAACGAUAUUUUAUUAUUUCCCCUGAAUUAGGAAUUUCAACAAACAAGAAAAUCUGUUUGUUGUUCAUUUAACAGAACCUUCUUGGUACUUACAACCUCAUUUUGAAAACAACUAUUUAACUAAGAUUACGUCCUCUUGCAUGUUCAUCUGUUUCCAUUAUAAACAGGUCAAACUUGGA